UUUGUUCUGAUCUUACUUAACUUUUUUUACAGGCCAUCUACGUUAAUCCACCACCACUGGUUGAUGAAAUAUUUAUCAGACUGCUCAGUUGCCAAGUCACGCACUCUCCCAAAAGACAAACAUGGACAUCAUAGGUGGGCUCGAUUUUUCUCCUAUAAAUGCACUUCAUACCCAACCUUGUAAAGCACCAAGGUGAGAGUAACCAGUAAUCGAGUAUUACCAAGUGAGUUGUGAGAGAAGCACAAAGAUGGCUUCCAAAUCUUCGACCUCUCCGGCAUUUCUCUUUUCGAUCAUUUUGGCUCUUGUGGUCGGCAUCAAUGGCGGUGGAAUUUCCGUCUACUGGGGUCAGAAUGGCAAUGAAGGCACUUUAGCCGACACUUGUGCCUCCGGAAACUACAAGUUUGUGAACCUAGCUUUCCUAUGCGUCUUCGGCAAUGGCCAGAUUCCUGUGAUCAACCUUGCUGGCCACUGCGAUCCUUCCAGCGGAGGAUGCACCGGCUUAAGCUCCGAGAUCAAGUCUUGCCAAGCUAGGGGAGUUAAGGUGAUCCUCUCCAUCGGAGGAGGCGCCGGAAGUUACUAUCUCACUUCCGCCGAGGAUGCUAGACAGGUCGCGACCUAUCUGUGGAACAACUUCCUAGGAGGCCACUCCUCGUCUAGGCCACUUGGGGACGCGGUGCUCGAUGGCAUCGAUUUCGACAUCGAAGGAGGCACAUCUCAACACUGGGAUGAUCUGGCUAGGUACUUGUCUGCAUACAGCAGCAGGGGGAAGAAGGUGUACUUGACUGCGGCCCCUCAGUGUCCUUAUCCGGACGCUUGGGUCGGAGGUGCCCUUCAAACCGGCCUAUUCGACUACGUCUGGGUCCAAUUUUACAACAAUCCUCCCUGCGAAUACAGUUCCGGGAGUGGUUUCGAAGAUGCGUGGAAGCAAUGGACUUCAAUCCAGGCCGGCAAAAUCUUCCUGGGAUUGCCCGCAGCUCCGGACGCCGCUGGCAACGGUUUCAUUCCUGCGUCGGAUCUUACUUCCAAAGUACUGCCCGUCAUCAAAGGAUCUGCCAAGUAUGGAGGCGUGAUGCUGUGGUCCAAAUACUAUGAUGAUCAGACCGGAUACAGCUCUGCCAUCAAUUGCUCUGUCUGAAAGUGAAUUUUCACCUCGUGUAAUGCUCUGUAAUAAGCUUUACCUUUCCUGCUUGUGAACAUGUCUUCUUGUAUGUAACUACUCGUGCGGAAAUCUCCUUGUGGGAUCACAGAUGUUGAUCACGGUGCAUAUGUU